AUGGACCCCAGGCGGCGCGACCCGCGUCUGAACAGGCAAGGAGGAGGAGGAGGCUAUAACAACAACACACCACCACCUCAGAAUGCAUACGGCGCGCCCCCAGCAGGACAGGGGUACGGACGGCCGCCCAACCCCGGUCCGUCGUCGCAGCAGUCGUACCCUCCGUAUGGAAGCCAGCCGCCCCAGGACCCGCGGUAUGGAAGGCCACCACCCCCACAGCAGCAACAGCAACAGCAGCAGCAGGGCUACCCGCCAGCGAACGACUACCGAGGACGCAACGUCUCUGGCGGCGCGCCGCCUCCGUCUGAUCCCCGCCGGCGGCCAGAGGACCCACGCACGCGCGCACGCGCACCAAUAGACGCGGCGACGCCGACCCCGCCCCCACCCCAGCACCGCCCGACCCCGCCCCUCCCUCCUCCGACGACUGAGGUGGCACGAACGAACGGAACGGCGGCGGAGGAGGCCGAGGCCGUGUCGGGUGUGCGGCAACGGCCGCUGUUCUGUGUGGUGUGCGCGAGUAACAACAACCGUUCAAUGGAGGCACACAAGGUGUUGAACGAGGCCGGCCUCCGUGUCGUAUCCGCCGGCACUGGCUCUGCCGUGCGCCUGCCCGGCCCGUCGAUCGACAAGCCAAACGUGUACAGGUUCGGCACGCCAUACGACGCAAUGUACCGUGACCUCGAGUCGAAGGACGCGCGGCUGUACGCUGCCAACGGGCUGCUGACGAUGCUGGACCGGAACCGCAAGGUCAAGCUCGCGCCGCAGAAGUGGCAGGAGGAGCGGGUCAUCCUCGCCGACGUCGUGAUUACGUGCGAGGAACGGUGCUACGACGCCGUGUGCGAGGACCUGCUGGCGCGCGGAGGCGAGUAUAACCGUCCUAUCCACGUCAUCAACGUUGAGAUCAAGGACAAUGCCGAGGAGGCGGCGAUUGCGGGCCGGUCGAUCCUCGAGCUGUCGCAGCGGAUCGAGAAGGCACGCGACCUCGAUGCUGAGAUUGACGACAUCCUCGUCCAGCAUGCGGAGAAGCACCCGCACGUGCUCCUGCACACGGUUGCGUUCUUCUAG